GGGCGUUUGGUUUCGUUUCUGCACCGACUGGAAUUAGUGUCGACGGUCAAAAUGGGAGUCCCCAAGUUUUACCGAUGGAUCUCGGAGCGGUAUCCCUGCCUCAGCGAAGUGGUGAAGGAGCAUCAGAUUCCAGAAUUUGAUAACUUGUACCUGGAUAUGAAUGGAAUUAUACAUCAGUGUUCUCAUCCUAAUGAUGAUGAUGUUCACUUCAGAAUUUCAGAUGACAAAAUCUUUACUGAUAUUUUUCACUACUUGGAGGUGCUGUUUCGAAUUAUUAAGCCCAGGAAGGUGUUCUUUAUGGCUGUUGAUGGGGUAGCACCUCGAGCAAAAAUGAACCAGCAACGUGGGAGGCGUUUCAGGUCAGCCAAGGAGGCAGAAGACAAAAUUAAAAAAGCAAUAGAAAAGGGAGAAACACUUCCUACAGAAGCCAGAUUCGAUUCCAACUGUAUUACGCCAGGGACUGAAUUCAUGGCCAGGUUGCAUGAACAUCUGAAGUAUUUUGUAAAUAUGAAAAUUUCCACAGACAAAUCAUGGCAAGGCGUUACCAUCUACUUCUCAGGCCAUGAGACUCCUGGAGAAGGAGAGCAUAAAAUCAUGGAAUUUAUCAGAUCCGAGAAAGCAAAGCCAGAUCAUGAUCCAAACACCAGACAUUGUCUCUAUGGCUUAGAUGCUGACUUGAUCAUGCUUGGAUUAACUAGUCAUGAGGCGCAUUUUUCUCUCUUAAGAGAAGAAGUUCGGUUUGGUGGGAAAAAAACACAAAGGGUCUGUGCACCAGAAGAAACGACGUUUCACCUCCUACACUUGUCUUUAAUGAGAGAGUAUAUUGAUUAUGAAUUUUCAGCAUUAAAAGAAAAGAUCACAUUUAAAUAUGACAUUGAAAAAAUUAUAGAUGAUUGGAUUUUGAUGGGAUUUCUUGUUGGCAAUGAUUUUAUCCCUCAUCUACCUCAUUUACAUAUUAAUCAUGAUGCACUGCCUCUUCUUUAUGGAACGUAUAUUGCUAUCUUACCAGAACUUGGAGGUUAUCUUAAUGAAGGUGGACAUCUCAACUUACCUCGAUUUGAGAAAUACCUUGUGAAACUAUCAGAUUUUGAUCGAGAGCACUUCAGUGAAGUCUUUGUGGACCUCAAGUGGUUUGAGAGCAAAGUUGGUAACAAGUAUCUCAAUGAAGCAGCAGGUGUGGCAGCAGAAGAAGCUAAGAACUGCAAGGAGAAGAGAAAAUUAAAGGGCCAGGAGAAUUCCUUAAGUUGGGCUGCUUUAGACAAAAGUGAGGGUGGAGGAGUGGCUUCUAGAGAUAAUUUUGAAGAUGAGACUGAAGAAGAUGAUCUGUUUGAAACUGAAUUUAGACAAUAUAAAAGAACAUACUACAUGACGAAGAUGGGAGUCGAUGUAGUAUCUGAUGAGUUUCUGGCUGAUCAAGCUGCCUGUUAUGUUCAGGCUAUACAGUGGAUCUUACACUAUUACUAUCAUGGAGUCCAAUCCUGGAGCUGGUAUUACCCCUAUCAUUAUGCACCCUUUUUAUCUGAUAUCCGCAAUAUCAGUACACUCAAAAUCCAUUUUGAACUAGGGAAACCCUUCAAGCCAUUUGAGCAGCUUCUUGCUGUGCUUCCAUCAGCUAGCAAAAAUUUGCUUCCUGCAUGCUACCAGCACUUGAUGACCAGCGAAGACUCGCCAAUUAUAGAAUAUUAUCCACCUGAUUUUAAAACUGAUCUAAAUGGGAAACAACAGGAAUGGGAAGCUGUGGUAUUAAUACCCUUCAUUGAUGAGAAGCGAUUAUUGGAAGCCAUGGAGACAUGUAACCACUCCCUCAAAAAGGAAGAGAGGAAAAGAAACCAACACAGUGAAUGCCUAAUGUGCUGGUAUGAUAAAGACACCGAGUUCACCUACUCCUCUCCAUGGCCAGAAAAGUUCCCUGCCAUAGAACGAUGUUGUACAAGGUAUAAAAUAAUAUCAUUAGAUGCUUGGCGCGUAGACAUAAACAAGAACAAAAUAACCAGGGUUGACCAGAAGGCAUUAUAUUUCUGUGGAUUCCCUACUUUGAAACACAUCAAGCAUAAAUUUUUUUUGAAGAAAAGUGGUGUCCAAGUAUUCCAGCAGAGUAGUCGUGGUGAGAACAUGAUGUUGGAAAUCUCAGUGAAUUCAGACUCAGAUGAACUUAGUCUAGAAAACAUAGCGUCAUUGGUGCUUGGAAAGUCGGUCUUUGUUAACUGGCCUCAUCUUGAAGAAGCUAGGGUUGUGGCAGUAUCAGAUGGCGAAACUAAAUUUUACUUGGAAGAACCUCCAGGAACUCAGAAGGUUUAUUUGGGAAAAACUGCUCCACCAUCUAAAGUCAUCCAACUUGCAGAUAAAGAACAGUCGAACUGGACUAAAGAAAUACAAGGAAUUUCAGAACAAUACCUAAGGAGAAAGGGAAUAAUAAUAAAUGAAACAUCUGCUGUUGUGUAUGCUCAGUUACUCACAGGUCGUAAAUAUCAAAUCAAUCAGAAUGGUGAAGUGCGUCUAGAAAAACAAUGGUCAAAACAAAUUCUUCCUUUUGUUUAUCAAACUAUCGUUAAGGACAUCCGAACUUUUGACUCUCGUUUCUCCAAUAUCAAAACACUGGAUGAUUUAUUUCCUCCCAGAAGUAUGGUCUUUAUGCUGGGAACUCCGUAUUAUGGCUGCACUGGAGAAGUUCAGGAUUCAGGUGACGUGAUUACAGAAGGUAGGAUUCGUGUGGUUUUCAGCAUUCCAUGUGAACCAAAUCUUGAUGCUUUAAUACAGAACCAGCAUAAAUACUCUAUAAAGUACAACCCAGGAUAUGUGUUGGCCGGUCGCCUUGGAGUGAGUGGAUACCUUGUUUCAAGGUUUACAGGAAGUAUUUUUAUUGGAAGAGGAUCUAGGAGAAACCCUCAUGGAGACCAUAAAGCAAACGUGGGUUUAAAUCUCAAAUUCAACAAGAAGAAUGAGGAAGUCCCUGGAUAUACAAAGAAAGUUGGCAGUGAGUGGAUGUACUCGUCAGCAGCGGAACAGCUUCUUGCAGAGUACAUAGAGAGAGCGCCAGAACUGUUUAGUUAUAUAGCCAAAAACAGCCAAGAGGAUGUGUUCUAUGAAGAUGACAUCUGGCCUGGAGAAAAUGAGAAUGGUGCUGAGAAAGUUCAAGAAAUUAUUACUUGGCUAAAAGGACACCCCGUCAGUACUCUGUCUCGUUCUUCCUGUGAUUUACACAUUCUGGAUGCAGCUAUUGUUGAAAAAAUUGAGGAAGAAGUUGAGAAAUGCAAGCAAAGAAAGAGUAUCAAGAAAGUGCGAGUAACGGUCAAGCCCCAUUUGCUGUACAGACCUUUAGAGCAGCAGCAUGGAGUUAUUCCUGAUCGGGAUGCUGAGUUCCGUCUCUUUGAUCGUGUUGUGAACGUGAGAGAGAACUUCUCAGUGCCAGUUGGCCUUCGAGGCACCAUCAUUGGAAUUAAAGGGGCUAGUAGAGAAGCUGAUGUACUAUUUGAAGUAUUAUUUGAUGAGGAAUUUCCUGGAGGCUUAACAAUAAGGUGCUCACCUGGUAGGGGAUACCGACUGCCAACAAGUGCCUUGGUGAACCUUUCUCAUGGGAGUCGGUCUGAAACUGGAAAUCAGAAGUUGACAGCCAUUGUGAAACCACAACCAGCUGUGAAUUACUCUAGUGCAAAUUUGUCAGUUUCAUCUGGGCAUUUGGGAGACCUCAACCAUUCUCCUCAGUCACUUUUUGUUCCUACUCAAGUACCUACAAAAGGUGAUGACGAAUUCUGCAACAUUUGGCAAUCUCUACAGGGAUCUGGAAAAAUUCAACAUUUUCAGCCGACGGUACAAGAGAAGGGUACAGCUCUACCUCAAGAAAUAAGUCAAGUAACUCACCCACAUAAAUCCGGCUUCAAUGACAAUAGUGUCAAAUAUCAGCAAAGAAAACAUGACCCUCACCAAAAACUUAAGGAAGAAUAUAAGAAUCCUAAAGCUGAGUGUCAGAAUCAAAAGUUGACCAAUAAACAGGCUUCUGGAGGGUCUGCCAGAUGUAAUAUUAAGCUAUUGAAGAGAAAUGAAAGUCCAGGAACCUCAGAAGCCCAGAAGGUUGUAACUGGUUACCCAAAUGCUAUUGACAAGCCUCACUCUGGAAUUGAGAACUUUUUAGCAUCUUUGAAUAUCUCUAAGGAAAGUGAAGUACAGUUGCCUCAUCACGGAGAGCCUUCAGAUGAGGCCAAUCUCUCACCGCAGUCAUUUGCUAUGAAAGGAACACGGAUGCUUAAAGAAAUCCUGAAAAUUGAUAGCCCUGACACAGCAGACAGUAAGAGUGAUAUGAAGCAACUUGAUAAUGAAGCCACUAUUUCUUCUAAUAGAAGAGAUGAGCAUGGAGUGUCGUCACAUCCUAAACCAAGUAAGAAGCUUGCAUGCUAUAUGAACAAGUCUCAUGGUACUAAUGAAUACCAAAAUGUUCCAUCUGUGGAUAGUGUGUGUUGGCCAGGCCAGAUCCCUCCUGUGUCCACACCAGUAACUGAACUUUCUCGAGUUUGUUCCCUUGUUGGAAUGCCACAACCAGAUUUCUCCUUUCUGAGGACAACACAGACAAUGACAGUUUGUCAGGUAAAAUUGUCUAAUGGCUUAUUGGUCCAUGGACCACAGUGCCACUCUGAAAGUGAAGCCAAGGAGAGAGCUGCACUUUUUGCUUUACAGCAACUGGGCUCCUUGGGUGUGAAUUUUCCUUUGCCUCCACCAAUAUUUCCAAAUUAUCCUCCUGCUGUACCACCUGGAACCGUUCCUCCUGUUUUUUCCCAACCUACUGCUAAUAUAAUGCCUUCAUCGUCUCAUUUCUUUGGCUCAGUGCCAUGGAGACCAGCAGUGCCAGUUGCUGGGAAGGCCUUUCACCAUCCUUCAUACCCUGGACCCAUGCCCUUGGCUGGAGGAGUGCCAAGCGGAGUGCACAGUCAGUUCAUACCCCUGCAGGUUACAAAAAAAAGAGUUGCAAACAGAAAGAAUUUUGAGAAUAAGGAGGCCCAUAGUUCUCAAGCCACACCACUUCAGACUAGCAAGCCAGGGUCUUCUGAAGCCACCAAAAUGAUUUCACACGAAAGUCCUUCAGCCUCUUCAACAUCCUCUCCGGCUGCUCAGCCUUUAUCUUCUCAAGUUGAAACUGCCUCCCAAGGCCAUGGUGUAUCCCACCAGAAGUCAGCACCAAGCUCUUCAAGAAGGAAAUCAAGGAAACUGGCUGUCAACUUCAGCGUUUCUAAACCUUCUGAAUAAAUUUGGUACCUGGGAAUUCAUUUCUUUUCUCUCCAUCUGCCUUUUUAUAAAUUGAUACCUGUGUCAGAAAUGUAUUAUUUCAGAAUAUGUUUAGAUUGAAUUUUUUAUUUUUAAGUUAUCAGGCAUUUUUCAUGCUAUUUAAAACUAUAUAUCAAAUUGUGCACUUUAAAUAUGUGCAAUUUGUUGUACAUCAGUGAUACCUCAAUAAAGCUGUAAAAAAAAAAAAAAAGAUCAAAUUAAAUCUUGUAUUAAAAUAAAUGUCAAACUGGGUAUGGUAUAACCUAUAACCCUCAUGGCCUGAGAGGCUGAGACAGGAGGAUUGCCAUGUAUUCAAGGUUAGCCAGGGCUACAUAAUGAGUUUCUGGCCAGCCUGAAACCUUGCUUCAAAAACCAAAAAAUAAAGUAAAUAUCAGUGGGCCAAAUGUUAAAAUGUACCACUAUAACCACUGACUUUCUCAUGAGAAAUGUCCUUGAAUAUAAAUUAGUCAUCAUAUUAUCAUAAUAUCAAGCUUUUUUUUACACUAUAAUUGAGGGAUAGCUAAACGCAGCAUGAAUUAGGCCUUAUAAUUUCCUAAAUGUGGGUUUUCUUUCUUUUCAAUGAUGUAGCAACAUGACUGGGAGAGUACCCCUUACUCUGUCAUCACAUCAGUCUGUUGCCAAGGUCAGUCCCUCGGAUGCUGUGGAGGCAGUGUGCUGGCCGUAGCCACGGAGCCAUCGCACUUCUGCUGCCAGUGUUGCUCUGUUCGAAAUCUUGUACCAAAGCAGCUUUAGAAAACUCCAGAGUGUUCGUCUGACUGCUUCGAACUAGGAAUAGCAAUCGAGAUUUGAGAAAUGAUGAUUUUUUUUUAGCUUAUUCAAGAACCAGCAUUAAGAAUCUCUAAUAAAAUUAAGUUUCAAAAUCUACAGGGUACAUGAGUACAAAUCAGUCUUCAAAUAGAGUAUAGUACAGAAUGUCAAUCACUGUUCUUUUUAGGCUUCUUGGGUUGUGCUUGGUUGCUUGGUUGGUUGGUUGGUUGGUUGGUUGGUUGGUUGGUAUUUUUUUCUUUUGAGACAGGAUCUUGCUGUGUAGCCCUGGCUGGCCUGGUACUCACAGCAAUCCUCCAAGUUCCGGGAUUCCAACCAUGCAUCACCACACCCACUCACCUGGCGUAUUCUCUGCUUGCUUCACAUAUGUGAGACCUUAAUGUGGGUCCAUGUGUAGAGCUUCCCUGGGACUGGUAACAUUUUAAACUUUUUAAAAAUUCCAAGAUGUGUGUUAGUGUGGACGUUACUCACUGCCUGUCCCAUUCUAGUUGUGCAUUUCCGCACCUGCUGAGCUACUCAGUGUUGCCGCGUUUUGCCUCUGUAUGUCACCCAUGGAUGUGUGUUGUUCCCACUGUUGAAAUUAUUUGGAACUUAUGAAAAUUUCUCAAAGACAUCAGGGCCUGCGUUUAUAUAUAAACAUAUAUUUAUCUUUUAGUUUUAUGAUACGCUUGUAUUUUUAAGGAGUAAAAUGAUCAUACUUUUUGAAACCAGUCUUUGUAUGGAGCUGCUUAUUGUUAUGUGUGAUUUUAUUUAGCUCAUUGAAACUCUGCUGUAAGUCUUAAAAUCGUCUUACUGUUUUUUAAAAUGCUGAUGUUGAACUCAAAUUAUUUUACCCGAUGAUUUCAGUGUUUCUCUAAAUGAUGGCGGAUACAUGUAGACUAAGUAGUAGUGCCUUUAGUAUAAGAGGUAAAUGGUCGUUGUCUUUAUUUUCUAUGGUCAUGUGAAUGUGUGUAACUUUGUUUUCUGUUAAUAGAACUUCAGCUGUUUGUCAGUGCCCAGCGCUUACACAGUGAAUGGGGUGGGACAUGGGGGUGAAGGCUCAGGUCAUUCUCAGUGUUUGUCUUCAUUGCUUCACAGACUCUUGUUUUCAAGGGAAACAUCCAUUGGACACACAAGGGAAAGUUCAGUUGUAACAAUGUUAUGGUAACUUCUUCCAAGGUCUUUGAAAUGUGUAGUAUUUGUUAUCUCACUUAAAUUUACUCUACUUUUUACUAAUUCCUGUGGGAUGAUUCCACCAUGGUGCACAACCAUAUUCCUGUCAAAUACAGAGGAAGAUGUUCCUUUGAAAAUUCCAUGAGAAAGCUUAGUGAAUACAAUGCCAUUGAACUUAUGAGGUUAUUUCUCUAAAAUUUGAACAAGCUAAGUUAUGCUGUAUGGAGAGCCAGUAAGAAUAUUUGACCUUCCUCUCAAAAACAAAAAACAAUAACAAAACAAGUUCUAAAGAUCAAGCUUGAUAAGAAAAUAAAAUAAGGCUCCAUAUUGGCAGGCAGGGAGUGGUGCUGUACUCUCUGUUUCCUUUCCCUCGUGGCCCUAUUUCAAACGUAGGCCUGGUACGUGUGAAGUGUGCAGCCUCUGGGAAAUACGAGAGGCCAAGACUGUCUUAAGAGCAGCAUAGCUGUGAGGACACUGAAUCUGCAGACACAGGUCUGCAGAGGUCUAGCACCUCUUUGAAACAUAGUUGGAUUGUGGCAACCAUACAGUUCUCCCCUUCGGGAUGGAGCAGGCUGAAACCACCCUCAAGCUUACAAAAUAUGCUCCACCAGCUGUGGAAUCUUAAGAACUUUUGGUGGAAUGGUGGACUUUGGGAGGGAGGGAAAAUUCCCCCCAGAUUGUCUAUGUUUCCAUGAAACUAGAAGUGUUAUUUGAUUAAACUUUCCUCUCCUCACUGGAGAUGGUUGUAAAUAUCCUUGUCCGACAUGUCUGUCUUUUUUGAGUGAGGUAAGUUCAUUUAAAGUUGGAUCCUCUCAGCUAUUGUUCCUUUUCAUGAUUCUGUACAUCACCUGGCCAUUACCUUAGUUGUAUACUUUAGCAGAUAAAAAUGCAUUGGUUGACUUAAACACCUCAUAGACCAAAGGCUUAAACAUCUAAACCCAGCUGUAUCAAAAACUAUUUCUUCUGAAUCUUAGUUUCAAUUUAAGAUUUUCCUUCUCUGAAGUAGGGUAAAGUACGUCUCUAACCCCAGCACUCUGCAAGCUACAGCAGGGUGACUGUGAAUUUGAGGCAAGCUUGGCCUAUGUAGAGCCUGUCUAGAAAGAAAGAUUCUUUUUACAUUCAAAGCAGUAAGUAAUGAAGAUGGGUGGCUCAGCCCUCCUUCCCCUUAUGAGCAGAAUGAAGAGUAUUGAUGAAAUUUUUCUUGUGUAGUACUUCCUUUCCUAUGAUCAGAUACUUGUGUUCGGACAUUUCUGGAUUCUCAGUCCUUGGGGGAGAAGGCAAAGUGGGAGACAGGGCAGAUCCAGUACUAUUUGCAGACUUUAAUGUACUUUUUUAGCUCAAGGAAAUAAACUAUGGGGUCAUUUUAUUCACUCCCUUUUUUUACAUAUCUCUUCUAUAUGUAUCAACAAAUAUUUCUCCUGGUGGUUAUCUCGUUCCCACCUUAUGUGACAGAACUCCAUGGCUCUCCACUGAAGUUAGCUCUCACACACUUGUCUGAUAAGGUUUUUUUGUACCAUCUUGCUUUCAGAUUACUAUUACUAUUACUAUUCUAUAUCUUUAAAAAAAAAAUUGGCCACCAAGACAGGUGCAGUGGCACUCACCUGUGAACCCAGCACUCAGGGAGGCAGAGGCAGGUGGCUCGCUGUGAGCUCAAGGCCAGCCUGCUCUACAGAGCGAGUCCAGAACAGCCGAGGCAGCACAGAGAAACCCUGUCUCAAAGGAAAAAAAAAAAAUUUUGGUCAUCAAAAAAAUUAUUUUUUAGAGAUAGUGCCAGGACUCAAAUGCAGCUGUUUGUGGGCACUUUAUGUUGUUUUCAAUAAAGUGGUCUUGUUUCCAGGCACUCCCUUGGCUAGCAAAAAAAAUGAAGCCUAAGUUUUUAGUGUUUUUCAGACUGACUUAAUCUGUAUUCCUGUUAGACAUCUUCAUUUUCUGCCAGGCCGCAGUAAGAGACAGCUGGAGAGGGGCUGCAGCUCUGCAGCAACAAGGUAGAGCAGACAAGCAGGCCCAAGUUUUUCCAUCACGUGCUGAGUUAACUCACACAGGAGAAAAUAGUUCAAGUGUCAAGAACGUUGAGAGUCGGUGUCUGUGAGUGAACACUGGAGUGCACCUGGUGAAGGACUGCUUUCCAGGAGGUUACGUGGUACACAGUGAAACCUAUACAAUUGACUCCCCCACCAGAUGGCCCAUUGCUCCCUGUUACUGCAGCAGGUGAUGGUCUGUGGAGCUGCUUAGGAACUAGAAGCCAAGUUCUUGUUCCUGUUCUCAGAAUGAAGGGGUUAAGAAUUUACGCCCCCGCCUGCGUUAAGGGCUUGCUCUGGCUCACUCAGGCUUUCUCUCUUCCCACUCUCCACUCAAUUCUUCUCCCUUCCUCCCUCUUGCUACAUAGCCCUUCAGUCCUCCUGCCUGUGCCUUCUAAGUUCUGAGGUUAUGGUGCCAUGCCCAGUGUGCUUUAAGCUCUAUUAAUCCUGCCUUUCUUUUACAGUUAUGAGGGGAGGGGGUGUUUUUCUUUUUUUUUAUAUAUUUGGUUGGUUGGUUUUGAGACAGGUGUUCUAUGUGUAACAGAGCCCUGGCUGUCCUGGACUUGCUUUGUAGACCAGGCUGGCCUUAAACUCACAAAGAUUCACCUGCCUCUGCCUCCCAAGUGCUGGGAUUAAAAGCAUGUGCCAUCAUUGUCCAGCUGGAUUUUAUUUUUUUAACUUUUGACAAGGGAAGAAGGCCCUCAAGUAUAUUUUCUUUUGCCUGCACAAAUUACUUUGAGUGUUUUCACUUAACAUUUGAGUAGUCAGUGAUAUGCUGUGUAUCAAAGUGUGUAACAUUUUCUUCAUUUAAAUACUGUGAUUUCAUACAUAUCCAUCUUCCUUGAUUUCUUUCGUUAUGUAACUAUUUUGUAAGUAACUGGAAUUUUUCAUUAGAUCUUAGAGCAGUAUUUUAUUAAAAAUUCCAAAGGGAAGACUUCUUUGUGCUCAUUUUGUAGUUUUUAUUUUAAAUAUCUUUACAUUGUAUGUCAAUUACAGGUAAAGAUUUUUAAACUUUCUGGAAUGGACUCCAAAUGUAUUUUUAUGUUGUACAUUUGUAAAUUCAUAGCAUGAAGCUAGCCUCAAAUUGUUGUGCAAAUGGAUUUUAACAUGCAAAAGUCACUGAAGGUCUGGACAUUUGUAUGUGUUAAAUGCUUUUGUGGUUUUGAUUAAAGACUGAAUGAUGACCCAUUA